GCCCUCAUUCUUUGCUCUCUCACAUUGAAAAGUUCAAAGAAACAAACCCAUCUCUCUCUUUCUCUCUCUCACAAUCUAAUACCCUAACAACUAAGAAACCCUUUAUUGAUUUUGGUAUUUUGAAGUGAUUCUUCAUGGAAUUGAAUACCAAGAAUCCAAAAUCGGCCACUCCUGUAAAAGACCGUCGUGGGUUUCAAUCAAAAUUAUCCGAGAAUUCGAAUCCAAACCUUUCCCAUUUAAGCCUUUGUUCAAAACACACAAAUUCUCCUUCAACCAAAUCCCAAAAAUCUGCCUCCAAGAACCCGAUUUUGAAUCCCAAUGCCGCCAUUUAUUCACCCAGAAAAAAGAUUAGGGAGAGAAGGUUUGUAGUGGCAAAAAAGAAAUCGAAGAAGGAGACUUUGAAUUCAAAUUCAACAACUGUGGAUUGUAAGUGCAAAGAGAGAUAUGGGGGCAGUGUAAAGAAGUGUUUGUGUUUGGCCUAUGAGACAUUAAGGGCUUCACAGGAGGAGUUCUUCAAGAACAAGAAUGAAGUUGAAGAGAAAGGUGAAACACAUAAAGAAAAGGCCUUUGAUUAUAAAGUUGCGAGAGAAGUUUCAGAGGAGGAGAUAGAAGACCAUUUAAUGGAUCAAAAUCUUGAUAUUGAGGAUAGGAAAGGAUCAGAUGCUCAAUAUUCCAGCGAAAUUGAGAAAUCGGGACAAAUGGGUAGUUCUAAAAUCAAGAGGAGGAGAAAUAAAUUACUUGAAGAAGCAAGACAAAGUGCACCUGACAAUGGGAAGGUGAAGCAUUUGGUUGAAGCCUUCGAGAAGCUUUUUACCCUACCAAAUCCGAAAGAAUCAGAGAAGACUGAAGAGGAGGAGAUGAAGGAGAAUAGAAAGAAGGCAAUGCAAUGGGCUUUGCCUGGAUUGCAGCUUCCUAAAGUGUUGCCUGAUACUGAGUUCUCUUCUUCAUUUUCAUUGCCAGAAUUUCAGCAUGCUGAGGUAUCUGAGACAAACGUCUCUUCUUCUUCUUCAUUCUGUCCAUCUGGUUUCUUUUUGACUUCUGAGAAUCUCGGUCUGGAUACAAGGAUUUCUAUUUCCUCUUCAUGGGAUGGCAGUCAAGGCAGUAAUUCUAGCAGGUCAUCUAAUGGAGGGGGGAGAAGCCGAAGAAAUAGUGCCGAGUCAGGUGCAACAACCGGGGGGAGGAGAUUGAAGAAGAAGCAAAUUAAAAUCACAAGCCAAAAGCCAUUUAAGCUUAGGACAGAACAAAGGGGAAGACUGAAGGAAGAGGAAUUCACAAAGAAGAUACAAGAAAUAAUGACGGAAGAGGAGAAGCUGCGGAUUCCUAUCGCACAAGGCCUUCCUUGGACAACAGAUGAAGCAGAGUGCCUAAUCAAACCUCCGGUGAAAGAAAACACCAGGCCCAUUGACCUGAAGCUCCAUAGUGAUAUUCGAGCUGUGGAGCGUGCUGACUUUGACCAUCAGGUAUCUGAGAAGAUGAGCUUGAUUGAGCAAUACAAGAUGGAAAGAGAGAGGCAACAAAAGUUGGCAGAAGAGGAAGAGGUACGCAGAUUGAGAAAGGAGCUCGUUCCAAAAGCGCAGCCUAUGCCCUAUUUCGACCGGCCAUUCAUUCCCAGAAGGUCAAUGAAGCAUCCAACAAUGCCGAACGAAGCAAAGCUCCGCAGACACAAGAAGAUGAAGUCCUGUCAAUCCUGGAACGAUGUCAGCAGCUACAGUUAUGAUCAACAGAGCAACAAAGAAGAUAGAAUAGGUGGUGGUUAGGCAUAUUCAAUUCAUUCAUUCAUUCAUUCAUUCAUUCCUUGUCAAUUGGUAUUUAAUAAAAUAAUGUUGACCCUGGUUCUUUUUCUCCAUUUUUCUUUCAUCUCUUCCCAAAUCUGUAUAAUAUAUAAGGCAACCAAUUUUAGUUGCAGUUUUGAGAAC